AUGAAAGCCAUUCAGCUGUUUGAGGGUGAUAUGAUAAUCACCACUGCACAGCAACAAGCCGCCCAGCAAGGACAAGAUCUUAUUUCGGCAGCCGCUGUUCGAGGAGCCUCAAAACAUUAUCUUUGGCCUGGAGGGAUCGUGCAUUAUUCAAUCGAACAGCAGCUAAAAGACGAUCCUUUAUCCCUGGAGGCGAUCGUAAAAGGGAUGAAACAGUGGAGUAGAGCAACGUGUAUCACAUUUAAAGAAAGGACGGACGAGAAGGCCUUCAUUUACUUUUUCAUCGGAGGAAGCUGCUCUUCGGAAGUUGGUAGAACAGGAGAUAAGCAGUAUAUUUCCCUGGCUCCACAUUGCUGGACGGCUGGAGAAGUUGCACACGAAAUAGCUCAUGCACUGGGAUUUUAUCACGAGCAAUCAAGACCUGAUCGUGAUGAAUAUGUCACCAUUAACUGGAACAACAUCGUUGAAUCCGAAAAGGUUAACUUUGCUAAGUAUGGGCCAUCGAGAAUAAAUUCCCUUGGCGUCCCCUAUGACUACAGAAGUUUGAUGCAUUUCAGUGAUAAAGCCUUCAGUAAAAAUGGCGAGCCCACGAUAGUACCUAAGCAAGCUGGGAUACAAAUAGGUCAACGGAAAAGUCCAAGUGCCUUGGAUAUCAAGCAAAUGAAUUUACUGUAUAAAUGCAGUGGUGGAGGCGGAGGCGGAGGCGGAGGCGGAGGCGGAGGAGGAGGAGGAGGAGGA